UGUCAGGACCGGCAGUUCUAUCUCGGGCAUACGCGCCGCAGGGAAGUCGGCGAUUCUCCCCGUCCUCCUCGUCCUCGUUAUCGUCGUCGCCGAUUGUCCGAUCGGGCGCAAUCUCUUGUCGCAGGACCAUCGACGAAUAUGCGGAAAGUGUGGUCGACGGGCGUCUGAAGAUGCAGCCUCGAUCGGCCCCUUCGUGCGGGACGGAAAUCAAGUCGCGUUCUCGUCCUCGCGCCGCUCCACGUUAUCGUCGUCGUCGUCGUCGUGACGUCGGGACGCCGUUACCGCUCGCUGGUCUGCGAAUCGGUCCCUUGGGACCAGAAACCGCCGAGGGAUGCUCGCGGAAAUGGUCCGGCUCUCCUAUCAGCACAGGGCGUUCUAUUGCUACGUGAUUCUGAGCGUGUGGAUCUUCCUGCUGGUCGCUGGUAUGUAUAAAUAUAUCGGCGUAGAUGAUAAAACCUCGAUGCAAACGAGAGUCCCAAACAAUGAUUUGUCGCUACGAGAAUUCCCAAGGAACUUAAAAUCAGAUGCGAAAACGAAGAAGAUCUUUCGUUUCUGCAAUCUGCCGCACGAGAUAGCUGCAGACACCGAAGGGAAGCUCGAUGGCAAUUUGACGUUGAGCGGCAUCCUGAUCUUCAUCCGCCACGGUGACCGGGGUCCUCUGACGCACAUACGGAACAUAAGCAGCAUCAAUUGCGGGGGUGAACUCGGCACUGUGACCGAGCUCGAGACGAUCUACGAGAACUACGUGAGCUUCGUGCAGAACGCGUCGAGCUACUCUCGGGCCGCCUGGGCCCAGUUCCUGGGUCCGUUCCACGGUCUCCCCGUGUUGCCGGCGAACGCACGCGACUGUAGAAUCGGUCAGCUCACCACCCUCGGCAUCCUGCAGCUGUUGAAGACCGGGAUCGCGCUGAGGAACGCGUACUACCACCGGCUCAAUCUCGGCAAUGGCACCUCCUUCGGCAAGGAUGUUAUCGUUUACAGCACUUCCUACCGCAGGACCGUACAGAGCGCGGUCGCGUUAUUGUACGCACUCUUCGAGAACGACGGCUUCCACAGUCUGGCGAGGAUCAGCCUACAGGAGAGCCAGAGCUAUGCGUUCUGCAGCAAUGAGUGCGCCUGUCCUGCCGCCGAGAAGUUUCUGAAACAGCACUUGAAGGAGACCUCCAACCAUCUGAAAUCCCAUCCGGCCGUCGGGGAGCUGAUCAAGCAGGCGGCGAGCGCCGUCUUCGAGCUUCCGGAUCAAGCGCAGACGUGCGAUCCGAACACCCUGAGGGAUGCCCUGUUAACGUACGUGUGCCACGGCGCUUCGCUGCCGUGCGCGGACCUCGACACCCAGCGCACGUGCGUGAAAAGCGAUCAGGUUACCGGAUUGUUCGCUUACACGGAUUGGGAAUCGAAGCAGGUCGCCAAGAGUAGCAGCCGCAACAAAUACGGGCUGCUGAAGGCCUACGGGAUGCUGCGUGGCAUCGUCACCUUCUUGCUGCGCAUCAUCUCUGAGGCCAGGCCCAAGAUCGUCCUCUAUUCCGGCCACGACAAGACCUUAGAAUACCUCGCCACCGCCCUCGGCAUAGUCUCCGACGUGGCGACCCACUACGCUUCGCGGCUCGUCAUCGAGGUCUACAAGAUCAAUCCGCGGAACGACAAUCGCCUCGCUAGCGAUUUCUACUUCCGCAUCGUCGCCAACGGCCGAGACCUCACACCGAAGGUCCCGUUCUGUAGGAACGCGAAUACCUACGUCAGCGACGACGGGGAAUUUAUGAGCAAGAAGAGCGUCAAGCUGUGCCCGAUAGAGAAUAUCGUUAGGCAACUCCAUGACGAUUACUUCGUGCCGUUCAACGCGACGAACUUUAAAGACGCAUGUUCGAGUCAUAAGAUUCGCUAGAAUUAAUGGGCAUACUCUAGUUCGUGAAACAAGAUCGAUCUGAUAGGAAAAUAGGCGAGUUAAAAGGAACGAGAGAGACAGACUCAUCUUCGGUGAUAGUAAAAAUAUUUUAUCCUUGAAAUUAGAACUUCAAGACUGUAGCACUUUUUUAGAUUCUCUUUUAUCUCUUUUUAUCCUGAAUAUAAUGGUUGAACCACUAUAUUCGUAAACAGUAAAUACGACGAGACAAAAAUCGCUUUAACACAGUCUAACUUUAGAUAAGGGGUACCAUAAUAUUCUCUUAAAAAUGGCAAAUAGCUUCGUCCCAGAAUAAAAAUAGAGAGAAGUGAUGAAAAGCAGAGAAGCGUUUAACACAUAAAGCCCAGUCUCUCAUUAUAGAGAUGAGAAGUUUGACUUCCUAAGGAUGAAUUCUUACCAAUUCUUUUUAAUUCACCUACUUCUCGUAUGACAGAUAGAUAUAUCAAGCGGAUCUCGAACAAGUUUCCAACUUGCACUCUAUGCAUUAUAGAUAACUAAGCUGAUGUGAAAGUAAUUAUUAAUACCAACGUUCGAAAUACAUCUGCGGAUGUAUAAGCUAAUCUUUCAAUUUUCCUAAACAAAUUUCUCUUGCGCGGCGUAAAUCGCUUUAACCGCGUAAAUGCUAUUUUCCCACUUGAGAAAGUAUUUUGAUUCUAUUGCGAAUAAUCAGAUAUAUAAGAUUGUUCAUUUGACAUUCGGGACAAGCUGUGUUUCAAAUUUUUUUACAUCUCGUUAUAUCGA